AUGGCUGUUUGUAAGUUUUUCUUGGAGGGCCGAUGUAGCUUUGGCUCAACCUGUAGAAAUGAGCAUCCACCUGAGUCUCAACAACGUAAUAAUCAACGUUUUGGUGCUACAGGUUCGAGUACCCAAUUACAAUCCCGAUUAGGUGGUUUUGGUUCCUCUUCCGCUUCCAAGAUAUAUGACGAAAAAACUGUAAGAGCAGAUUUAUCCAGAGACCGUCCUUCGUACAAGUACUCCUGUUACGGACCGGCAAAAGAAGAGCCGAAUUUAAUAGAGGGUACGGACUUCUCUGCCGAAGAAUUACGAGUGCAAUAUUAUAAUAUCAUGAGCACGAAUGGAAAUGAUACAGCUUACCGUGCUGGUGUAAAAGAUCUUGAUGAUCGAAUGCACAACCAAAUUGAAAUCACCCUUAGAGACUUACGAUCUACCCUUAGUAGAUUUGAUGCUAAGAGGCAACAAUUAGCACAAGAAGCGGUUGGCGGAUUUGGAGGAUUUGGUCAACCUCAACCAACGCAGUCUCAACCCGAACCUCCACGGCAAGGGGCAUACGGAGCACCCUCAGUUUUAGGUGCACCCGCAUUGUCCACACCUUCACUAUUCGGAUCAUCUAUGAAUCAACCUAAUCAACCCAGUACGCCCUCGAUUUUAGGGUCAUCAUAUAACCAACCCGCCGCGACUCCAUCUUUAUUUGGAUCAAACCCCUCAGGUUUUGGAUCAUCCACCUUUGGUGGUAAUAGUUCAUUGGGUUAUCCAGGAGGAGUUCAGGCUCAACCAAAUCCUGGGUUUGGUGGAGGGUUAGGAAGAAAUCCCCAAGGUACAAUAAACAAUCCACAAAUGCAAGCAUUUCCAUCACAAAGUGAAUUUGAAUUAUAUAAAAUACCUGAAAUACCUCCACCUUCAGAAUUUAGAAGAUGA